CAAAUGGACAAAGAACAAUAAUCCCAUUUGGAAAAAUAAGUUUUGCAUCAUAUUCGUCGAAAGAAAAAAGUAUACACUACACAACGUAAAUUUAUUGGUACUUGAUUUUACUUAUUAACCACUUGAGUCGAUAAGAUAGCAAUAAAAGUGUGAAUUUUCUAGCACUAAUAUGAAUAAUACUGUUUGCUAAACUUUGGUGUAUUAUUGCACCAGCUGCUGCACUCGUUCAAACGUCUAUGUAUGUACUUAGCAAAUCCUCGUCGAUUGAAGGCUUUUCAUUAAACUUCAUUGGAUACAAUUUAGUAAUUAUUGUGAUUACUGCGUAAAUUCAAGUUUACGGAUAUGAGCUUUCCGCAGCUGCAACGUGUACUCGCUUUAUUUGUAAUUUUCAGUUAUAUUGUUAAUGCUGAAAUUACAACGACACAAAAUGUAUUACAUACAAAUCACGGUAUUGCUGCGGAAGAGUCGACAGCAUCAACCAAAACUAACGAUAUACCGGUGAGUACACGUAAUGCUGAUGCAGUGUUGGCAAUGUGCCCCAGUAUGUUGAAUUAUGUAUUCGACAAUGCGACACCACGUGAUGAGGCACAAGCUGGCACAUUUGAAGAGUACACGCGUUUGGAUACAGGAUUGGGCGAAGAUGUCGAUUCAUUGUCAUGUUUAGCAGCUUGUUGUAAAAAGGCACGCACCAAUGAUACAUGUAAUUUAGUUUUCAUAUACAAAAACAAAUGUUAUCAUGUGCGCUGCCAUAGCAAUGAGGGUUGCUUGCCGAAGCAGCGAGAACAGGGGAAGGAUCGUUUGCAAAUGAUGUUGGUCAGUCCGGUGCGUAAGCAUGAGGCUGGAGCGGAGAGUCUCACAUGGCUGGACGUGAUCAAAACAAUGAAGAGUGUUGGGGGAGGUAUUAAUAUGCCAACUGCAGAGGAUACGGAAAGCGUGAGCGCUGGUGAGCGUGGUCCAAAUUCGUUGAGCUUUUGGAAACAGCCGCAUAAAUUUCGUUAUUUGAGUAGAGAUCAGGAACAGGCGUAUGAUGAUGAUGUUGAUGAAUUGCAACCUAAUAAUGAUAAACGCACUAAAUCACCUGCAAGAAAUCGUGAUUUGCCCUACUUUGCAAACAUGCCAACCAAAUUGGUUCAAUGCGAAAUAGACUCUGAAAUGGGUGCAAUUAGUCGUUGUGGUCCCAAAGAGGAAUGUGUGUGUACCAAUACUUUAAUUUGUUUUUGCCAAUGUCUUACCGAUUUGGUGCGUAAUCAACAAGGUGAAUGCAUAACAACAGAUGUAACUGCGCCUGAUUAUUCCCUAUUAGACACAAUCAGUCCACAACGUCUCUCAGCGGCUGCCUCAGAGCCCUUACCAUCCGUUAUUGAAGAUGACGAUCAUCUAGCAGCGGCGGCCACAGCAAAACCAGAAAUGGACAAAAAACUGGUAGUUUCCGUUGUGUCAAAGGAAGUGCGUUUGCCAGAAAAGGAAGUGACAUUGGCCGCAUUUACUGUGCCGGACGAGGAGACCAGUGGUGGCAAAUAUAAAUAUUUAUGGACACUUAUAACACAACCGAAAGGUCCUAUGAACGGCACUAUAUCCGAUCAGAGUCAGUCGAAAGUGCGUCUAUCAAACCUCUCGGAGGGUUUGUAUAUUUUCAAAGUAUCUGUAACCGGUGAUAAUGGCACCUAUGGUGAGGCAAUGGCCAAUGUCACAGUGCUACCAGAAAAGCGUAUUAAUCGCGUGCCACAAGUGGUGAUCAAACCCAAAGAGCAAACUAUACGUUUACCCAUAACAAAUGCCAUUUUAGAUGGCAGCACCAGUAUUGAUGAUGAUAAAAUCAUUAGCUGGCAUUGGGAAGUGGUGCAGGGACCCAUCGGUUAUCAACCCAAAUUGCCCGAGGUGAAUAUAUUACAGCUGGGUGAUCUCACCUCGCCCGGCAAUUACACUUUCAAAUUGACCGUCUCCGAUUCGGAUAAUGUAACGAAUUCGACAACAGCGAAUAUAACAGUAUUGAAGGGCACCGACUACCCGCCAGUGGCUAAUGCUGGCGAUGCCGUAAUUUUAUAUCUGCCGAAUAAUAAUGUGACAUUGAACGGCACUGCGAGUACGGAUGAUCACGAAAUCGUUGCUUGGGAGUGGACAAAAGAUGCUGGUGAUGAUACAAAAGCGGUUGAUAUGCAAAACACACGCACACCUUAUUUGCAGCUCUCAAAUUUGGAGGAAGGCAUUUACACUUUUGUUUUGAAAGUCACUGAUGGCAGUGGACAAUCCAGCACUGCCAAAGUGAAUGUGUUCGUGAAGGCACAAACAAAUACACCACCAAUUGCUGUGGCCGGUGGUAAUCAGACCAUAAACUUGCCACGCAAUUGGGUUAUUUUGAAUGGUUCAGCCUCAACGGAUGACAUACGCAUACAAAGUUACUUGUGGAAAGAAAAAUCGGGUCCAAAUACUGCAGCUUUGGCCAAUAGCACAGCAGUGGCUACAAACGCCACUUCGCUCACGCUUGGUAUGUAUGAAUUCGUUUUGAGCGUGUCGGAUGAGGACAAUAAUACCGCCACUGACAGUGUUUGGAUAAAGGUUGUACAGGAGAAAAAUGCACCGCCCGUCGCUAAUGCCGGUGGUGAUAAAAGCGUUACGCUACCGCUUUCAGCAUUGUAUUUGAAUGGCACAUCGUCAUCGGAUGAUUUGGCUGUUGAGCGUUAUGUGUGGACACGUGAAGAUGCCAGCUUGGCAGCGGGUGUUGUUGUUGGCGACAGCGAUAAGCGCCCCGUUUUGAUUCUCACAAAUCUCGUGCCAGGCCGUUAUGUUUUUAAGUUAACUGUCUACGAUGAACAAGGUCUAACCAGCAACGAUGUGGUCAGCGUUAUAGUGCAUCAAGAUCCGUUGCUAUUGCAUUUAGUGCAAUUAACCAUACCGAUGGGUCCAUCUGUGCUGAAACAAUCUGAGCUGAAUUUGAUUGUACAAAAGAUUGGUUUGCUUUUGGGCGAUAUGAAAAUUUUUGUGCGUGAACUGAAGUCGGAUGGACGGCGCGCAGAUACUACGAUACUAGUCUUCUAUGUGGAGUCCACGGGCGCCGAUGGCGAAAGUCAUCCGGUAAACGGUUUAACCGUUGAACAGCUACUUAAAGACAAGCUACAGCGCGAUGCUGGUCUGUUGGGCACCGAUUUCACUGAUAUACGCACAACAGUAUGUCAGAAUAAGUGUUCCGGACAUGGUGUUUGUAAUCCCAUAACACGCUCAUGCACCUGUGAGGCAUUCUGGAUGCCUUCCAUAACUUAUUACUGGGGCAUAGAGGAGGCUAAUUGUGAUUGGUCUAUUUUAUAUGUUAUUGUUGGUAUUAUAAUGAGCUUUCUACUGCUUUCCGGUUUAUUUUGGGGCAUCACCUGUGCCUGCAGACAAACGAAAAAACCACCGAAGCGUCCCAAGCUGCAAAAGUAUUCUUUGAUUGGCAAUAAUGAUGAAGAAGCGCCACAAUUUUGUCGCACCACAUCGCUGAGCGAUUCUGAGACAGAUUCCGAUGUGCUCUUCGAGACACGCACAAAACCACACAAUGGUAUUUUACGUUCGGGCCACACAGCGAAACAUAGUAAACACAAUAGCAGCCAUGGUCAUAAUAAAUAUGCCUUAACCAAAUUGGGACGCAAAGUCAAGACGUAAAGCCGCAAAUGCGUGUGUGUGAUAGAUAAUGAUGUUUGUCGCGUAACGUUCCUUCUGCUAUGUUCUAUGUUCCUUUGUGUUUAGCUGCAUGUUGUAACGCAUACAUACAUACAUACAUACGAUACAAACAAACAAACAAGUUUUGUCGUUACAUCCUAAUUUAUAAGCGAUUACUGUGUUAAAUCUACUAAAUGUGAACAAGUUUUAUUUUUUUAUACACAAAUAGAUUUUAGUUAAACAAAAAAAUGUCAUUUUUCAAAAUGUAUGUCAUAUAUGUACGAGUAUUUCAAUUUUCCAAAGCGCACAUUCCGCAUUAUUAAGUAUUAAAAAAAAUAAUAAUUUUAUUGUAUUUGUGCACUGUACUUAGAUUUAAUCAUCGCAUUCAACAUCUA